GCCCAGCAGGUACUAGUAAAUCCUACAUAAUACAUUUAUUAAUAGAAGAUUUCAAAAAAAUAGGCAGAAACUACUUAUUAAUGGCUCCAACCAGAAUUGUCAUCCAAAACAUUGGUGGUUUAAUUAUUCAUUCCGCAUUACGAAUCGCCUCCAACAAAUGA